CCUUUGGUUCCUCGAGAAGGGGGAAAAAAGUUCACGUCGUAUCGCCCGCCGCGAUAUACGGUGACCCGGAGAUCCCAGUCGAACCUGGAAAGUACGGAUAGUCAGCCUGCACACACUUGCUGACGCCUGUGGCCUGCCUGGCUCGUCCUUGCAACCUCGACGUUCCACUCAAACAGGCCUUCUGGCGACCCGCUCCCGCUCCGGCUUGCUGCUGGUUGCGGUCAAUCUAUCUGGCUACGUGCCUGUCAGCCAGUCUCGUCGAACGAAGAGGGUCCCAUGAAUAGAAGUCCAUUUAGGUAGCUAGAAUGCCACCUUCGCCGUCGUCGCCACCCCCAAUCCUCGCCAUUACGGCCACUUAUCUACACCUGCUGGCCCAACAUCUUCCCCGGCCCAUCUACGAAGUCCUCCAAAAGGUUCACCACCACAUUGCGCGCUCCUUCGCCGCCGUCGCCUCUUCUGCCAUCGUCGUUCGCAUACACUCUUUUAUCCCUGCCCAAAUGCAUCGCCCACUGGGCUUCUCGGCCUUUCUGGUCACGCUAUUCCUGAUAUUCGGGCUACCCGUCAUCCUCGCCCAGAGCGAGCCGUUCCACUGUUAUCCGUACCCGCCCGCCGAUAAGUUAGCGAGUCCCUUCAUCACCCUGCAGCCGCAUUGUUGUAAGGGCACAAUCGACAAUAAGUUGAGAGUUGGCAACGACUGCGAAUUGGCGAACGGAGGAAAAUACAAGACAAAGUUUGGACAGGAUCUGGGAACGUGUGCGACGGGCUGGGUGGACGCGUGCUGUAUGCGACUGCAUUACCCGCCCGAGAUUGCACGGCCAGAAAUGUCGUAUUGCGACGCAGGCUUCCUCGUCAAGGCCGAGGCGAAGAACAUUAUCGAUGCCCGAAGCUGGAACCCGAAGAAGUACGGAAUUUGAUGACAGGCAGCAAGAACGGGAACAUCAAUCACACGAACAUGGCCACGGGAAUUCGAGCUUUAUUCGAUGACAUUCAGCAACGGCAGGGUCAGGCGAAGCUAGCGAAAUAUGGGCACACCUCCACGGUUCACGAUGCCCCAGGAUAUCCGGCGUGGGGCGAGAGAUCGAGCGAGACCCAGCGAAACCCCAGCGGCUUCAGCGAGUCAGGGAAUCUCCAUCGCCGCAACGAUCCGAGGGAAGAGAGCCUCGACCAGCCCAAGAGCACUCAGAAGCCGCCGUGUGCUGUUUGAGAGGGGAAAAACACACCAACACCUAAUACGACUGGCGAAACACAGGCAUUUAGGCGUUUUGCGGGCGACGACUGCAUUAUGAUGGCACGAUUGCGACGGUCGCCCUCGUUCGAAACAACUUAGG